GGCAGCUUGUUCAAAAAUUUCACACGGACGAAUUCCUGACACUAGGAAUACCCAUUUCAUCAAGAAAAAUGGCCACCUCCUGGUUGAACGCUGCGCCCGAGUUUCUUUUGGCCAGGUUCCCUUUCAUCAAUGCUUUAUCACUACUCAUGCUUCUUGGGGAACGUGCACAGCAAGAAACCCACCCGCCCAUACAUCCGAACGUGAUUUAUGCCAAUGUAGCAGUGUUUCUGACCUGCGGGUUCCUUCUGUCAGGAAAAGUAAUGCGGAAGGAACUAUCAUUGGUGUGUGCUGGACAAAUGUUGUUUUUCGCCUACAAUAUGUACACCAACACAUACCUCCACUACUCGCAGUGGCAGAGGAUGCGUAUGAGCAUACGACAUUUAGGAUGUUCAGGGAUGUUCAUUUUGUACUCGCAUCUACAGGAUAAAUCGGGGUCCAGCCAGCUGCGGCGGUUAGGGGAGAUAAUUGUGGGUUUAUAUCUCAUUGGGAUCACCUACAUCCUUAACAAUAGUGCAGAAGACAAGCGUGCCUUCCUCUCUCACAUCGUUGGCGGUGACUGGAGCAGAUAUUUCUAUACACUCAUACUUGCUUGUGCAGCCUUGAGUUUUUUCUCUGGAUAUUUCCUUCGAGAUAUGUCCGUUUCCAUGAUAAUACUAUUAACUUUAUCCACAUUGUUUGUGGACUGUGACUUUACAUUCUGGACGAACAGACGUGGAAUGCAUUUAUGGAAUCAAAUCAGAAUUGUCCUUGAUGACAUUUGUCUAAUUUUAGGCUUUACUAUGCUGACAGUAGGGUUUGACAAUCGAGUAAAGACUAAAAACGAUUGAUCAUUAAUUAGUGUCAGAUUUCUAAUGAUUUUGCUGUUGUAUACAUAAUUAUGUAUUUAAAUAUUUCUUAUUUUUUCUCUCUCAAUUAUGGCAUUAAACUAAAGCUAUUUUUCGAGUAAAAUAUACUGCCAUGGCAUUUUACAAAUGUACAAACGUAUUCAUAUUUUACAUGUAAAUAAAACAACCUUAAAGGGGCAUCACGUCGACAC